UAAAUCGAUUUUGUGGUGAAAAAGUAUGAAACGAUUACACGAGACAGAAGCCCCAACGGAGAUACCAACGACGUCGACUGACGCUUAUAAGGAGAAGCGCGCGAACAAAUAUGAUUGUGGUAUAUCGAAAGAUGCUGAUAGUGAAGAUGAUAGCAGCAGUAGCGAUUGUGGUAGCGAUAAUGUUGUAUUGACCAGCAGCUCCAAUCACUUCCCAACACGCCUUGGCAAAUGCGAAGUCUGCGCUGGUGGGAACGCGCGCUAUAGCUGCCCCAAAUGCGAAGUGAAGACCUGUUCCCUGCGCUGCGUGCAAAUCCACAAAAAAGAGCUGGACUGCGAUGGCAUACGCGAUCGUACUAAAUUCAUACCCUUGCGAAAGAUGACUAAAAUGGACUUCAUGAGCGAUUACUACUUUCUGGAGGAGUGUACACGCUAUGUGAAUGAUCGCAAGAAUGAUACAAUUAAGCGUUUUACCCGCUACAAUAAAACAUUGCCAACACAUUUGUUUCGUUUACGUGGUGCAGCCGCUGAACGACGCACUCUUCUGCGGUUUUUGUUGCCAAAUUUCACGCGUCACAAAAAUAAUACAACUUUCUACGAUUGGAACUUACGUAAAAUCUACUGGCGCAUAGAAUGGAUAUUUAUCAACGCAGGUGCGCUACAGUAUGUUGACGAACGUUGUGAUGAGGAUUUUAAGUUGGCACAGUUGCUGGAUAAAUAUAUAAACAUACAGAAUGCGGAGUCAGUGCCGCAGAAGAAAGCAUUGGAAUACUAUCAAAGUACAGGAUUCAGUGGAUUGAAGCUGCUCCUAAAAGCUGAGGGUAUUAAAAGUUCGCGUACACGUUACUAUGCGCUGGAUGUGCGUAAGACGCUAAAAGAAAAUUUAGCCGGUAAAACCUUGGUUGAAUUUCCUUGUAUUUAUGUUAGCUAUGAGCAAAAUCCAGCGGGAUGUGAUAUUGUUGAUAGCGAUGAGGAUGUCGAGGCCGAGACCAAACGUCAUGAAGCUGCAAUGGAGGCGUUACACAAGCAACGUUUGGCUGAGAAUUCAAUAAAAAGUGAGAAUGCUGACGCAUACGCUAACGAGAAGCAAGCUGCACGUGAAGCAGAAAGGCUCGCAAACGCCUUGGCGCAAAAGCGUCGUGAGGCAAGGGCGCGAAAACGUGAGGAGUUCCAAAAUGCAGCCAACAAUUUACUCUUCAGCGACGAGCAGUUGUGGGAAAUGCUUACGUCAUCGUCCUCAGGCGACGAUACAGAGGAGGAGAAUAUAACUUGAGCUGGUGUAAAGUCAAACAUUUAAUUUUUACUAAUAUACGUAAGUAGUUAUUCCUUUUUACUUUACCUUAAUAUGCAAGGUGCAUGCCAUAAGAAAAAUUGUAAGCGCAUUAUAAUAGUUUUGAAUAUACCUUUUAUUACAUUGCCUA